UCUUGGGGGUUCUCGCCCCAAAAUGCAGGGGUAAAACAAUAAAUCGAAACCUAUUGCUUUAAAUUUCGAUUCCUCGUUGCGCUCAGUGAUCAUUAAUCGUUGCCGAGUGGACGAUAAGCACCUGGUUGUGUAUGCGCAGUACACUGUUUGCUUGUAAUAUUAUUACUGUAAUCCAUUCUGCCUACAUAGAUAGGGCUUUCACACGCACUUACGAUUGUUUACCAAAGAAAUGGUGAUGGAGAAACCAAGUCCCCUGCUUGUCGGGCGGGAGUUUGUGAGGCAGUAUUACACACUGUUAAACAAGGCACCAGACUUCCUGCACAGGUUCUAUGGGAGGAACUCGUCCUAUGUUCAUGGGGGUCUCGACGCCAGUGGGAAGCCGGCAGAAGCAGUGUACGGGCAGGCGGAUAUCCACAAGAAGGUCAUGUCUCUGCAGUUCAGCGAGUGCCGCACGAAGAUCCGGCACGUGGAUGCCCACGCCACACUCGGCGACGGUGUGGUGGUGCAGGUUCUCGGUGAACUCUCAAACAACGGGCAGCCCAUGCGGAAGUUCAUGCAGACGUUUGUGCUCGCCCCAGAGGGUUCCGUGGCCAACAAAUUCUACGUACACAAUGACAUCUUCCGUUACGAGGACGAAGUUUUUUGCGACUCUGAAGCUGAACUUGAUGAAGAAUCAGAGGAGGAAGUUGAGCAGGAGCCAGAAGAGAGCCAGGCAUCUCCUGAGCCGCUGCAAGAGAGCCCCAACAACACCGCCUACUACGAGCCUCACCCUGUCACCAACGGAGUGGAAGAGCCCAUGGAGGAGCCGGCUCCCGAAUUAGAAAUGGAGCCUGAGCCCAAAGUCGAGGAAGUGAAGGCUGAAGUGGAUGAGAAGGUUCUGGAAGAAAUGGAGGAAAAACCUCCCUCGCCGGUCCCAGUAGAGUCUCCACCCCAUGCUCAGGAGCCCCCCAAGACAUUUUCAUGGGCCUCUGUGACCAGCAAAAACCUUCCUCCUGCUGGCACCUCUGGAAUCUCCCCCCAUGUUGUCAAGGUUCCGAGCUCGCAGCCCCGAGUUGAAGCCAAGCUAGAGACUCAGCCGGCGCCGCUCCGACCCAGAGACCAGCGCACACGUGACAGACCAACCUUCCCUCCGCGAGGACCCCGGCCGGAUGUUGUCCCAUCAUCAGAGGGGCAAAUGGGAAAACCUCACCUGAGUUUUGUUAACAAAGGUGGCAGAGGGGAAGGUGAGUCCGGCGAAAUGGAAGUUAGGCGAACCGUGCGCUACCCGGACAGCCACCAGCUUUUUGUCGGCAACCUCCCGCACGAUAUCGACGAGAGUGAGCUCAAAGACUUCUUCAUGAAUUAUGGGACUGUUGUUGAGCUGCGUAUCAAUACAAAGGGCGUCAGUGGAAAGCUCCCGAAUUUUGGAUUUGUAGUGUUUGAUGACUCAGAUCCCGUGCAGAAAAUCCUUGGGGCCAAGGUAGACGGGCCCAUCAUGUUCCGAGGCGAGGUGCGUCUCAAUGUGGAGGAGAAGAAGACAAGGGCAGCGCGUGAGCGAGAGAUCCGGGGCGACGACCGUCGAGACAUGAGGCGCAACGACCGAGGGCCCGGAGGCCCGCGGGGCAUCAUGGGGAGCGGCAUGAUGCGGGAGCGCGACGGCAGGGGACCCCCACCCCGGGGCGGCAUGGUGCCCAAACCGGGCAUGGGGUCCGGAAGGGGCUCGGUGGGCCUCGGUGAAGGUCGCUUCACGACCCAGCGCCGUUGAUGAGAGCGGGGAUUUGUACCGCCGGCUUCAAACAUAUAUAUUUUGGUUGUGCUUUUUUUUUUUUUUUUCUCUCCUCCCCUCUUUACGUUGGAAUGUGACACAUGCUGUUGAGCUUAUUUAAUUGUGAGCCGAAGAUAUUUUUUUUUUUGUUUUUUGCUACGGCAAGAAAUCACAAACUCAUUUAUACAUUUUGUGUGGUGAACGCAACCAGGAGUCAUCUUGUGCCACAUUCAGAGGGACUGAAAGACUUUAAAUACAUAACUUUAAAAAGCAAAAGACAGCCCGUCGUUUUGGAUAUGAGAUUAUCUGCCUUGACUUAACCUUCCAUUGCACAUUUUCUAUGGUAGUUACUGUUGGAAGAUGCAGAAGUUGUACUGUUGUGAGGGGAAAGGCCUAUCCCCCCCCCCCCCCUCUUUUCGAGAGACCACAGUUUCAAAUUUUGCAUUGCACAUUUGCCAAUAUGAACUCAUGGAUAUUUUUUUUCCCUCCCCCCAUUCUCCUUAUGUCAAUAUUCUCACUUGGAAAUUCACUGAAGCAAAAUGACACAAACGGGGCAGGCCUCGCUGCUGUGACCAACGUAUACCGAAAAUUUCCUUUUACUGCUGGAUGGACAAGAUGACCUAUUUUUGCCUCAUUUCUAAGUAUAAAUAAUGGAAUCCGCCAAAAUGACAGGAUGUUUGGAAGGGGUCAGGUUGGUGACAAAGAAGAACGGAAGACUGGUUCUGUGGUUUAUCAUCAUUCAAACUUUUUUUUUUGUCAGCUAGGGAUGAAGGACACCUACCCUAUUGUCAAAAAGUGACAGAAUAAAUGUACAGCAAAAGUCAUCGUUUACCGUAUCACAUUAUUUUCUCUUGAUAUAUGAAAAAAAACAGUGCCUUCUGCUUUCACCUUCCUCGCUCUUACUAAAGCGAUGCCAUUUUUGGACUUUGGUUGGAUACGGAUAAUUUCUUGCUUUAAGAUGUAACUUUGUGUUCAUUUUCUUUGCAUUUGUCUGCGUUUUGAGCCUGCCCUCCUUUUAAAGAGCAACAAAGGUACAUUUUUAAAUUUCAUCAGAGCGCCAAACAAGCUGCUGUGAUUUCUUUUUGACAAAGUCGGUCUGCCCAAGUUAAAUGUGUGGUGGUCUAAUGCAAAACAAAUGGGGGGGGGGAGCAUAAAGCUAAGUAAAAAAAAAAUGUGCAGGCAAUGUAUGGCUUAUGAUAAGUAAAAUUAAGUCACCUUAUGCUAUACAAUUAAAGUAAAGAAAACUACUCCCCAUUAGACAAUAGCAAUUUUGUAAGCAGCCUCUUGGUAAAUAGUGUGAAUGUCAUAUUUGGGUAAUUGCUCAUGUUGAACAAUUCAUUUCCUGCUUUAUGGUACCUUUCUGUGGCAUGACAAAAUUCCAAAAAGCAACUUUUGACGUUUUAUCACCAAAAAUUACGUUGAAGACAAGGUUUUCCAGGUUUCACUUUUUUCUUUUUUUUUUUUUUUUUUUGCUCAGGAUUUACAUAACUUUACAUUAUUUUCUUGAAGUAGAAACCGAAUAGUUACUCAAAUAUAUAAUUUUAUAGAUCACCAAAAAAAUACAUGGGAUCACUUUUCUAGCUGCAUUUGUAUUUUUCUUUUUAUGCCACUUGCUCAUCGUACUAAAUAUAUUCAUGUGUCCUACACGGGCUCUGCUUUUUUUUUUUUUUUUGUGUCUGUCUUGGAUUCAGAUUGCAAGGCGAAGAUGUUUGAUAAUCUUGCACUGAAAACGGGGGAAAGUGAUGUAGUAAAAAAAUUGUUCUUCCUUGUCCGGAGAGUAAUGCACUACUUUUUUUUUUUGGUAGGUUUUUUUUGGGGGGCGAGGGGGAUAACAUUCCCAGGUGCAACCUGUCUGUGUGGAACAUGGCCUCUCCAAGAUUCAGCUGAAUUGGCACACCCUAUUUUCAGAGUAAUAGGCAUUUUUUUUCUUUUUUAAGAGAGAAUUAUAACCCAUUCCUCAUAGAUCCUCAAAAGCAGAUGAAUGUGUAAAUUAUUGUCAUUAUAAUUAUGAGUUUUCUCUCUGGUUGCAAGUAGACUGGAUAGAAUAAUUCAUGCAAGUCCUUUUUUUGAAUGAAAAUACUGUUUCAAAACAAUGACAGCCAUCUUUUACUGUGUUUACCCUUGUUGCUACAGUACGUUUACUUGGUUUCUUUAAUUUUCCUUUCCCUUUUGAAUUGUGUCAGACUUAAUAAACUACUGAUAUCAGCACCAC